GCAUUCCAAAUUCAGCGGUCCAUUCGCAAAAAAGUCACUCCUAGUAGUUUUAGGUUUUUUAUAUAGAUAGUUAAGCUGCAGUAAGACAAACUGGAUAUGGCAAAGUGGCUCGCACUUACGUGUGCGAUUGUCGCGACUGCGUCACUGGCUCAGGCGACUUUUGGCGGGAAAGAACAUGUUCACAUUAAGAUUCAUUUACCGGAACCUCAUCAUGAGCAUCACCAUAAAGAAGUCGUCGUGAAGCAUCAUCAUGAGUUAGAUCAUGGACAUGGAGGUGGUGGACAUGGCGGAGGAGGAUUCGCUGAGGGACUUAUUGGAGGUUUUCUGAGUGGAGGAGGUGGAGGCCAUGGCGGCGGACAUGGCGGUGGAUAUGGCGGUGGACACGGUGGUGGAUUUGGAGGUGGACACGGCGGUGGUUUUGGUGGUGGACAUGGCGGUGGACACGGUGGUGGACACGGCGGUGGACAUCAAAUCGAACAAAUUGAAAUUCAUGAUCUCGGUGGCCACGGAGGCGGAGGAGGUGGACACGGUGGUGGUCACGGUGGUGGACAUGGCGGUGGACACGGAGGUGGAUUCGGUGGAGGAUUCGGAGGAGGAUUCGGUGGAGGAUUCGGUGGUGGACAUGGUGGCGGACAUGGGGGAGGACACAGUGGUGGAAGCAGUCAUGUAGAACACUAUGAGAUCCACGCUGAAGAUUUGGGUGGCUUCGGAGGCGGUUUCGGUGGUGGUCACGGAGGCGGCCAUGGCGGCGGUUUCGGAGGUGGACAUGGCGGUGGCCACGGAGGCGGACAUGGAGGAGGACAUGGUGGAGGAUAUGGAGGCGGAAGCGCCCAUGUAGAAGAAAUUGCCUUAAUCGAAGACGGUGGCCACGGACACGGAGGAGGCGGCGGCGGCGGUCAUGGUGGAUUUGGCGGCGGAUUCGGAGGAGGAUUUGGCGGCGGACAUAGUGGUGGAGGCGGCUAUGGAGGUAGUUUCGGAGGUGGCCAUAGCGGCGGUGGUGGAUUCGGAGGUGGCCACAGUGGUGGAGGUGGCUAUGGCGGCGGAAGCUCUCACGUCGAACACAUUGAACUAGUGGACUCUGGCCAUGGCGGUGGACAUGGAGGUGGAUUCGGUGGAGAUUUUGGCGGCAGCUUCGGUGGUGGACACAGUGGCGGAGGAGGUGGAUUUAGCUCCGGAGGCCAUGACAGUUACAGUUCUGGCGGACAUGACAGUUUCAGCUCAGGCGGCGGCGGAGGUUGGGUUGGUGGCGGCGGCUUGAGUGGAGGAUACUCAGGCGGAGGCGGCCAUGGUGGUGGUGGAUUCAGUUCAGGAGGAAGAGGCUUCAGCUCAGGCGGACAUGACAGCUACAGUGGUAUUGACAGCUACAGUGCAGGCCAUGUGUCCGGAAUAGGCCAUUCAGGCGGCGGCGGCGGUGGCGGUGGCGACGGUGGAUACCACUAUCCCAAGCCCCAUUAGAACUUUAGUCAAACUCCAAAUCCUAAACGUACCUACUAUAUUUCCUUCGCUAAGCGACGGAGCAUCUAACAUUAAGCCUUCCUAUUCGCGCCUCUUUCCUCAUUAACCGCUCUUCUAGUCUUUCCAAAAUUAUUUAUCAACCUACUACUCUAUCAUUUUUGUCUGUCUUUUCACUUUACCAUUCUGUGUCUUCUCUUGCGUGCUCAACGUACUAAAAGACUGUGUUCCUUCCUAUUUCAAAAAUCAUCACCUAUCUCUUUUCAUAUUUGUUGACAUGUAAUUGUUGUUAGAAGUUUUUUUUUAUUACAAUUGUACAUAUUUUAAAUCGUAUCGAGAAAAUGUGUAGAAUGAGAUAUGAUAAAGAAAUAAGAGAAAUGCCAAACAUAGUAAAGAAAA